ACCUCACUGCCUCCCAUUUGUCCCAUGCAAUCGACGCUCCAUUUUCCAAUUGCUCAUACACCACCCUCCUUGUCUUCACCACCGCUCCCCAUCUUCCCAUGGCGGAGCGGGCCCUACCUGCCGGCGACAAUGACCCCGUCCCUACAACAUCUCCCAAACACCCCGAAUUCAUCCCACCUCCGCUACCCCCACCAAACUCCCAACAAUUGAUCCUCUCCAAUUCAAACGGCUCCACCGCCACCUUCCGCUCCGGCACCUACAUUGUCCAGGUCCCCAAGGACCAAAUCUACCGCAUGCCCCCGCCCGAACACGCCACCAUUGUUGAACGACACCGGGACUCGGGUGUCAACAAAAAGAGUUGCUCCUAUUGUUGCCUCGGCAUCAUUGCUUUCAUUGUCCUAUUUAUCAUCACCCUGGUGGCAGUUAUUUUGACCAUGUUGGCCAAGUCCGGAGACCCCAAAUUCAGCGUCGAACGCGUGGUUGUCAAGGGCAAAUCGGGGCGGCCCGACUACGACCUGACGUUGGAAGCCCGAAACCCUAACUCAAGAGUGGCGAUUGUGUACAAGGACGGUGGUGGAGCUAGCCUUUAUUUCAAGCAAAAAAAGAUAGCGAAUGGAAAAUACCCUUCUCUCUACCAAGGCAGCGGCAAAUCCAAAGAGGUCGCCCUUGUCCUCCAUGGCUCCAACAUAAAAUUGCCUAAGGAGAUUGAGAAAAGCUUGAAAAGUAGAUACAGCAGCACAUAUAAAAAAGGGCAUCGUGUGAGCUUGUCCCUGAACAUGGACAUUCCGGCACGGAUGAGAAUUGGGACGUUAAAUAGUAGAAGCAGGAAAUUUCAUGUGACGUGUGACAUAACGGUGGAUACAUUGGCAAAAGGGACCAAGGUUCUGAAACAGGAAUGUCAAACCGAACGUAAAUAGCAAUUAAAAAUGUUGUUCUUCUUAUUGUUCUUGUUGUAUGUAUAAUUAGGAAUGAGUUUGGCAGCCAUGUAGCGGUGGUAGUUGGUGGUGCUAUUCUUUUUUUCUUUUCUUCCUCUUUCGCUCUAGUUCUGUUGAUUUGAAGCCUGCAGGUGAUGAACGCAUGGAUGGAGCGUCGAUCAUGUCCUGUGUGUGUUUCCAUUCCCAGAAGAUGAUGGAUAUUGAUUCACAGAAAGACAAGCCAAAGAAACUUGUUAGUUUUUUCUCAUAAUUAACCAGUUGUUCCAAACCAACAUCAGUUGAUCAUUAUUUGAAGAAUUAAUCUUCUGUAAGUUGUAGCUGGUCGUUGUCUAUAAUUACUAACAGUAAUUUAUAUAUA